AUGCCCUGCCUUGGCAUUGGAAAUGUGCACGUUAACAGAUUACAUAAGGCAAAAUGAGUGAAAUUAUUAGGCAACUAAUUAAAAUAAAAAUGGACCUAUAGCUUUGAUCAACACUUUAACGAUACAUCGUUUUGACUGGAAAAUACAACAAUGUCUUUUCCUGUAGUCCGUGAACGUGCAGCGUUCCGAUCGGUCCAUUCUUGAUUACUUAAUUAACCACCACCUUGUUCAGGUGACGCCUCUGAGCGCGCGUUAGUAAAUCGCAUCAACAAACCAGUGAUGUCUUGCAAACAGAAAAGUUGUGUAGUAAAUUUGUUUUUAGUGGCCCUAACCAUUUAUAGUUACGCAUUGCAAAUAACCUAUUCCGUAAGUUUAGGACAGCAGGAAGAAGAUUUGUGGACUUACCAAGAAGAGUCAACCUCCACCGCUUGGGAAAGGACUGAAAAUCACCCCCAAAUGCAUCAGCGGGGUUGGCGCCUGGUAGAACAGACAAUCAAGAGUCCAGGUCUGCCCAAGUCCAACCAACCAGGUAUCAACGAGAUCCUACAUGAAUACGCCACCCUACCUGAAGAUCCAGUCCCUCGCUUCAGUACAAAUACACCUGAUGGAACGGACAGAAACUUCGUCCAUAACGACUCCUCUUGGACAACUGGCAAUGUCAAACCGCAGCCACGGUCUUCGUCCACGAGCUCUACAGAUGGAUAUCUAGCAGACUUCACGGGUUUUAAUGGAGUCCAGGGGAAGGUUAUAGCAAGUCCACAUUUCAGCAAGUGGCAGUCCACAAGGCCUUUGGUGCAGUGUGAUGAUAGAGUCAUGACUUUGAAAGCCUCUGGAGAAGGACUCUCAAACCUGUUAGUUGACAGAGAAGCAGCCUCUCCCAUCUCCCCAUUCCACUUACCUCCAUACUGUGGUUACAAAGUGAGGACAACAUGGAGUGAUCUUGAGAUGACAGUGCCUUAUGAUGCAUGUUACAUCACACAGGAGAAUGGCAGUUAUGUGUUGCCUCUGUUGUGGGAAGGAAUCCCACUGAAGCUCUCAUGCCCAGUGCAGAUGUCUACUCCUGCCCCCUCUUCCUCCCACUCUGCCCCUGCAGUCUUCUGCUCUUCAUAUGGCAUGGCGGUGCAGAUACUGUGGCAUGAGCGAGAUAUACCUAUGAUGGGAGUAACAGUGAAUGAAGGCUGGGGUCCAUUUGUAUCUGAUGAGUGUGCAUACCUCAUCCAAUCCAAUCCAGGGCAGCUCAUCUUCUUCAUCUCUUACAGUGCUCCUUGUAUCACUGGUGGGGAUGGUACCCAUCUCCAGCUCAUAUUAGAUGACCGCGGAUACAUCCUCUCCUGCCCGGUCAGUCCUCAGCUUCCUCACAUCCCCUUUCCUCCUCCUGCAGCUCCUGGUGACCCACAGUCUCCCUAUAUCCCAGAGCCUGUCACUCCAGCUAAAACCUCCCCUCCACCUCCUCCUCAACCUCCAACCCAAGAGCAGUUCAAUCAGCUUCCUGGAUACCCCCACAACCCCUAUCCUGGAUACCAUUACCAGGAACUUCCCCAGGUCUACCCUCCUGGCCCACAACCAGCCCCGCCCCCUCGACCCAUUCCUGGCAGUCAACCUGGGCCACAGCCAAAAUCCCUGAAGUCCAUACUUCCCUCAAGGACUGGAAAGCUGCCCCACUCUCCUGGGGAAAUCCAAGAGUAUCAUUCUCUUCUUCAGCAGGCAACUGAAAUUCCAAAUCCUGGCACAGUUCAGGAUUUAUCUUCCUUUCAAGUUCCCCAAUUACCUUUUAACCCAAAUCAAUAUCCAUCUGGUGGUUAUUACCCCUAUGUGCCCUUCCAUUACCCAAUAGUGACAGCAGCUUCAGCCCCUCCCGUUGAAACGACUUCUACUACUACUACUACUACUACCCCAGCAACCCAGCCACCCCACCAACUCCCUGUGAAUCCAUAUUACCCUCUGUAUUAUCCUCAGAUACCUUACUAUCCACAAGUGACCCAAGCACCUGUUACACUCCCCCCAAGCCCACCAUCUCCUCCUCCCUCUCCACCAAAACAACCUCAGGGUCCACCACACCCAGGACGGUCACUUUAUCCGCCUGCUUCUUCGAGGUCUUACUAUCAUUACAAACAUUACCCCCACCCAAAACCUGGUGUUGAAGAGGCUUCCCCUCCCUAUCCACCUAUCAAGGCUAUGGUUCCUCAACAACCUCACAGUCCCAGUGUUGUGCCUCUCGCCAAAGAGAAACCUCAAACUCUUCCCCAUGUACCAGAAUCGCCAUUGGCAACGUGCCCCUCUUACAGUCACACCAUAUGCAACUACUACUACCCCUAUCUCUAUUAUCCCUAUAUCCAUGCUCUUUAUCCACCAUACUAUCACCCACCUUACCCCCUUGAGCCCCAGUAUCCUCAGACUCCACCACCAAUGACAACUGAAAGGCCUUCAACUACUACGACAGCUCCUACCACGACAAGUUCUACCACAAGUACCACAACCAGGUCCACUCCAAAGACCCCCCAUCUUCAGUGCCAGGCAGGGCGGAUGGUUGUUUUCCUGCCUUUUGCUGAUCCUGACUCUAUCCAGAUCAGAGAAGCCCAAAUGAAGACCUGGCUGUUCCUCCCCAGUGUACAUCCACAGUGUGGGUACAUGCUGCAGGUGUUUGAGGGCUCUGGGGUUUAUCUUCAUUCUCCUCUGCCUGCCUGCCACAGCCAACCGCGGACUCCCACAACCAAUUCCUUACCGCUGAGGUUUUGGGACCUUUCUUUAGCACAGUAUAGGACUCUAGACCUGCAAUGCCCUUAUCAAACUAUCCCUGAAACUCAUGCACCAGCUACUCCAUCACUGUCCCCUAAACUACCCGACACCACAAAGAGCAAAGUCCAGCUGUCCGUUGUUCCAAAGCCUAAGGUCUUCUGCUACUCCCAUCAGAUGAAUGUGGAACUCCCCUCUGGUCCAAUCUCUGAAAUUGUUGUUAAAGACAUCAAAGGGAACCAGAUGAUGCUCAAAGAUGCCCCAAAGCAAUGUGGGUAUUCUGCAGGAAAAGGCAAAGAUGGUAAAAUCCAUAUAAGUCUCCAGUUACACUCACGCUGCCACAUGAGUGUGCAGGAUAAGAUGUACAUCAUCACAGUCUGCUACAUGACAGUAAAUGGGAGACAGGAGACUCAGUUUUCCUGUCCAGUUAUCACCCCAUCGUCUGGACAAGAGUGCAACCUUCCAAGCGAGCAACGUCUUCCCUGCGGACACGGCUCUGUAUCCCGGCCUCAGUGCCUCUCCAUGGGCUGCUGCUUCAGCAGGCACUCCCCUGCCUGCUACUACCCAAUGGAUGAGUGCACUAUUGACCGUCACUUUGUCUUCUCUGUGCCUGCCUCCCUCACCGAGCCCCCUCUGUCCCCUGCCCUGCUUGUUGCAGCUGGUAACUCCAGCUGCAAGCCUCAGAGAGUGACUUCUGACUAUGCCUUAUUUAAGAUCCCGAUGGAUGGCUGUGGAACUCGUAGAGUGAUGGUGGGAAAAACAAUGAUUUACAUGGUGGACAUCGUCAACAAGGUUCAAACAAUCAGCCUCAACUAUGGCACCAUAACAAGGGACUCUCCUGUCAGGUUGUUGGUCGAGUGCAGAUAUGUGCCAAAUACUCUUCUUAGUGUGAGCUACUUGGUCAAAACUCCCACACUUGGACCUGAUGUUCAGACCCAGGGGAUGUUUGGAGUCCAGCUCAGGAUUGCAAAAGAUGCGAUGUACAGCAGCUAUUACCCUCAGUAUCACCAGCCCCUGCAGAUGCUUCUGGGGAAACCCCUCUACUUGGAAGUGCGGUUGCUCAACACCCCGGAUCCAAAUUUAGUGCUGCUGGUUCACUUCUGUGUGGCCUACCCCCGUUCUGGCAAAGCUGUGUGGUUGCUGCUGUACAACGGAUGUCCUAAUACCUUGGACCCAGAUCAACAGCAGGCUGUUCUGUUUGAUCCUCCACCUCCCUCUCAUCGGGCUCAGACCCGACGCUUCACUAUCAGCACCUUCCAGUUCCUCCCAGAUGGUGAGUUCAAGGACCAGGACGAGGAGAUCUACUUUAUGUGUUCAACUGAAAUCUGCUCACCCCGGGAUGGGCCUUGUGUCGAGGGAUGUUUUGGCCAGUGACGUUACAACAUGGCAGAGGCUUUACGUUGGUGGGAAGAUAAUGAUCUGGCUUCUGACAUCAUCCUUUAAACCAACAAUAAAAGUUAUUGGAGGACA